UUAUCCCAUGUUCAAUUUAGAUAAAAUAUUAAACAAAUUUGAUUUAUUAUUGUCUUUUAUGAGCUAACUUUUUUGGUCAUGUGACAAACAGCCAUCUUGUUAUCUGAUGUUUUUGAUUGAAAAACAUUUUCAUUAAUUGUAAUUUUUUGCUGAACAACUGAAAUAUUUAAAGAUUUCGAGCUUGUUGCUGAAAAUGAGUGAAAAGAUAAGUUCUUCAAAUUUUCCUUUGACAUGUAAUCGAACUGCAAUAUGGUUGAUUGGUCAACCUGAGAAGAAUCUACCAAACAAUGUCCUUCCAACAAUGGUUGAAUAAACUAUUUAUUUUUAAAUUAUGUUUUCCACUAUCUAAAAGUAUUGAAACAAACAGUUCUAGCCAGUACAAAGGCAACUUCUAAUAGUUUAGCUCACAUCUGGAAAAAGGCCAGAAUUCCAAUGACUUACCAGCCUCAUAUUGUAUCAAAAGUGAAAGCAUAUGCUGAUGAAUAUAAUUUAAUUAAAAAGAAUAAAGGAAGAGCUAGUAAUUCACAGAUUGCUAGAGAAAAAGAAUUUGGUAUCAAAUAAGAUUUACUAUUUGACAUUUCACACAAGGAUGCAAACAAGCUAAUUAAAAUUGAUGAAGAUAAAAUAUCUCUGGAAGACCAAAAGAAUGGUCGAAGAUGAAGAUGGCUAGAGAAGAUGUAAAAUUAUCUCAACAAGAAAAGCGAACAGCAAGCAGAAAUAAAAAGAAAGCAGAAUGAGGAAGAGAGAAGACAACAAGUAAAUGCUGUCCUUACCCCUAGCUGUAGCUACUUUAGUCUUGAUUGCGAUAGUGAUAGCAAAGCAAAAGAAGCACUCCUGAUGACAAUGAUGAUUAUGAAACAGAAAUUCCGGUUUAUCACAAAAAAACUAGUAACCCAAUCAACUGACUGUGAACAAAGUCCUAAAAAUAAAAAGCCACAUAUUCUCAAUGAAGUUUUGUCUUCUCCAGAUGUAUUAUCCACACUUGAUCGAAUCAAUUUAUCUGACCAAAAAUUCACUAUAUUGGCAGCUGCAAUUGCUAGAGCAAGUGGAGUGGACCUCCAAGUACACCAUUUUCAAGAUUAACAGUCCGCCGCAAACGCAUCAUGCACCGUUCAUCAACUGAAAAUCAUAUUCGACAGAAAUUUAUUUCAAGUGAGAAACAACAUAUGGUUGUCCACUGGGAUGGUAAGAUGAUGAAAGACAGCACCAACUAUGAAAAUCCAAAGUCCAAUGUUGAUAGGAUUGCUAUUGAUGUGACUGGUCGUAAUCUGGAGAAAAUACUGGGUAUUGUAAAGAUAUCAUCUGGUACUGGACUGGCACAAGCAAAAGCAACCUUCCAGUUACUGACCAUAUAAAAUAUUGCAAAUUAUAUUGUUGGUAUGUGUUUUGACACAAGAGCGUCAAACAAAGGGUUCCAAAAAUGGUGUGUGCAUCUUGCUAGAAAAGUUGAUGGAGAAUAAUCUUCUCUACUUUGCUUGCCAUCACCAUAUGCAUGAAGUAAUUAUUGGGGAAAUAUACUCAGUUUUGCUUGGACCCAGCAGUGGGUCCAACAUAGCUUUAUUUGAACGAUUUCAGAAGUGUUGGUCAAGCAUAAAUCAAGCCAAUUAUGUUCCAUUAGAUGACGCCCAUCUUGCUGAACCACAGCUUCAGCAACUUAGAUCAGAGGCUGGCUCCUUUCUGCAGCCAUUCUUAUCAGAUGACUCUUUGCAAUUACCAAGAGAAGUCUACAAAGAGAUGAUCGAGCUGUGCCUUUUAAUUUUGGGUUUUCCGUUAUCAGACUAUGCCACCAAGAAGUGCUGGGAGCUUAUCACAUGGCUAGAUGAAUGGCUAAAGUCAUUUAUUGUAUAAAGAUAUACCUUUUAAGAAAUAAAUUCAAGCUGGCUAUGCAAGAACAGAACAACUUGUGCAAAUUUUGUAUCGUUGCUGCUCAUAUCUAUGUACCAGCAUGGAUUGCCUGUUCGAUUGCAAGUGAUGCUCCAGCAAAAGACUUGAUGCUCUUCACAAGAAUUAAACAAUAUUCUGAGAAUAACAAGGUCAUUUCAAAUGCUGCUAUUAAGAAGCUUCAAAAUCACACUUGGUACCUUGGGUCAGAAAUGAUUCCACUUUCAUUAUUUUCUGACUUGGUUUGUGACACAGAAAAAAAGUUGAUUGUUGAAGCUAUAAUUCAAAGUGGAGCUGAUUGGAGUGACAGGGGUAUAAAGUGUCCAGCAGCAGAAUUGAACAAGUUGGAAAAGAAGCAACUUUAUGAGCUUGUUACAUCAUCAUCAACUGCUGCUUUGCAGUCACUUGGUCUAGAUGUAACUAUUUUAUCAGGAACCUAUCCAAAGACAUGGGAGAAAAUUGCUAAAUUUCCUUAUAAUGAAGCUAUUGUUAAAUCUGUGAAAGUUAUCAAUGACACUGCUGAGCGUUCUGUUGCUCUUAUGCACAUUUAAUCAAUCCAUCACAAAAACUGAAUUUAAAAUGCAGAAACUAAUACAAGUUGUUGACAACAACAGAAAAGGCAUUCCAGAUUGCCGCAAAAGCAUCUUGAUGACAUAUGCCACUGUUGCUACAGACUGUAUAUAUAUAUAUAUUUGUGUAUAUAUAUAU